AUGGUGAUCUCCAAGCGCGCGGGCGGGAGGAAACAUGCGACAUCCGGCCCACCGCCUGUGGUGAAUCGCGGCAUUGCCAAGGCGGAUUGGCGUGAAGGCUUCAAGAAGCCACAGGCUGGCGUCUCGGAUAUGACAUUGCUGACGCAGAUCACGAACGAAGCCAUCAAUGGCAACCUGCAGGUGCGCUUCGCGAAUGCCGAGAUUUACACCUACAUCGGUAACGUGCUCAUUUCCGUGAAUCCAUUUCGCGAUCUGGGAAUAUACACGGACGACAUCCUGCGUUCGUACCGCGGCAAGAACCGCCUGGAGAUGCCGCCACAUGUCUAUGCGAUCGCCGAGAGCGCCUACUACAACAUGCUAGCGUACAAAGAGAACCAGUGCGUGAUUAUUUCAGGAGAAUCAGGUGCUGGCAAGACGGAGGCGGCUAAGCGGAUUAUGCAGUACAUCGCUGCUGUCAGUGGAAACAGCACAGCUAGCGCUGGCAUCCACAACAUCAAAGACAUGGUGCUGGCGACCAAUCCCCUGCUCGAGAGCUUUGGAUGCGCAAAGACGCUCCGCAACAACAAUAGCUCGCGGCACGGCAAGUACCUCGAAAUCAUGUUUGAUACGCAGGGCUCGCCUGUGGGCGCCCAAAUUACCAACUACCUGCUGGAAAAAGGGCGCGUGGUCGGUCAGGUGCGAAACGAGCGCAACUUCCACAUAUUCUACCAGCUGACGAAGGCUGCGACGCCGCAGCAGCGCGAAGCUUUUGGUCUGCAGGGUCCCGAGGCCUACGCGUACACGGCCCAUAGCCAAUGUCUCGAUGUGCCCGGCAUCGACGACCAUGCCGAUUUUGCCGCCGCCUUCCAGGCCAUGCAGACGAUUGGUCUCUCUGAGGAUGAGCAAAUGAGCAUUGUGCGCAUGCUUGCUUCGAUCCUGUGGCUCGGAAAUGUCUACUUUGCCGAGAACGCGCAAGGUGACGCGGACAUCGGGAACGCUGACGUGACCGACUUUUGUGCCUAUCUGCUCGGCGUAGAUCCUACGGCUGUCCAGCGCGCACUGACGCAGCGCAUUAUGGAAACGCAGCGUGGCGGCCGCCGUGGAUCGGUGUACGAAGUGCCACUGAACCCAACACAGGCGGCUGCCGUGCGUGACGCGCUGAGCAAGGCCAUCUACAACAAUUUGUUCGAAUGGAUUGUCUCGCGUGUGAACCAGUCUCUUCAGGCCCAUGGCCAAGCUUCCACCGUGAUUGGUGUGCUGGACAUUUAUGGCUUUGAGAUCUUUGAAAACAACUCCUUUGAGCAGCUGUGCAUCAAUUAUGUCAAUGAAAAGCUGCAGCAGAUCUUUAUUGAGCUGACGCUCAAAAAAGAGCAAGAAGAGUAUGCGCAGGAGCAGAUUCAGUGGACGCCUAUCAAGUACUUCAACAACAAGAUUGUGUGUGACUUGAUUGAGUCCAAGCGCCCGCCAGGCAUUUUCUCGACGCUGAACGAUGCGGUUGUGACAGCUCAUGCGGACUCGGCCGCGGCGGAUAACUCGUUCAUGCAGCGCACGUCGAUGCUGGCGAGCAACCCACACUUUGAGGCGCGUGGAAGCAAGUUCUUGAUCCGUCACUACGCGGGCGAUGUCAUGUACAAUGUCCAGGGCAUGACGGAGAAGAACAAGGAUGCACUGCUCAAGGACAUUCUGAACCUGGUCGACAGUUCGUCGAAUGCCUUUCUGGUUGGUUUGUUCCCUGAUCGCCCCGACCCUGACAGCAAAAAGCGCCCGCCCUCGGCCGGCGACCGCAUCAAGACGAGCGCGAAUCUGCUGGUCGAUAACCUUAUGCAGGCGCAACCGUCGUACAUUCGCACGAUCAAGCCGAACCAGAACAAGAGCCCGAGUGAGUACGACACCCAGGCGAUUCUGCACCAGAUCAAGUACCUUGGUCUGCAGGAAAACAUCCGCGUGCGCCGAGCCGGCUUUGCGUACCGCAACACGUUCGAAAAGAUUGUGCAGCGGUUCUAUCUGCUUUCGCCUGCCACCUCGUAUGCAGGCGACUACAUUUGGCAGGGUGAUGCACGCAGUGGCUGUGAGCGCAUCUUUAUCGACACGGGCAUUGCUCGUGACGAGUGGCAACUGGGUGUGUCCAAGGGCUUUAUCAAGAACCCCGAGACGCUCUUCGCAUUGGAGACGAUGCGUGAUCGGUACUGGCACAAUAUGGCGAUGCGCAUUCAACGCGCGUGGCGUGCGUACCUGUGGCGCCGCGAGGAAAGUGCGCGGCGCAUCCAGCGUGCAUGGCGCCGAAGUCGCGAAGGAUACGAGUUCCUCGAGAUGCGCGACUACGGCCACCAGCUGCUGUCUGGUCGCAAAGAGCGCCGUCGCUUCAGCCUGGUCAGUAUGCGUCGCUUUAUGGGCGACUAUCUCGAUGUGAAUGGCUCCUCUGCCGAGGGACGCAUGUUGCGCGCGUGUGCGCAUCUUUCUGCUGGUGAGCACGUCGUGUUCAGCGCGCGUGCCCAGCUGCUUGUGUCGCGACUCGGUCGCACGUCGGUGCCGAGUCCGCGGUUUCUGCUUCUCACGCCGCGCGGCGUGUAUCUUCUCGUGACGCACCUCGUCAACAAGCGUCCUCAGACGACAUGUGAGCGUAUGAUCCCCCUGAGCACGAUCCAGGACGUCAGUCUCUCCCACCUGCGGGAUGACUGGAUUGUUCUCAAGACGGGCAUGGACGAGGGCGAUCCACUUCUUCACUGCGACUUUAAGACGGAAUUCGUGGCGUGGCUAUUACAGCAAUCGGGCGGCCGGACGCAUGUCACGAUUGCUCCGCAGAUCGACUAUCUUCGCAAGGGCCGCAAAAAGGCGCAUGUCUCGUUCCGCAAAGAUGAGAGCCUGGUGUCUGGCGACGUGUACAAGAGCUCUGUCGUGUCGGUCGGAUCCGGCGAGCCGCCCAACAGUGUGUCGCGACCGCCUGCGAAGAAGCUCCCGCGCUCGACGCAGGCAGCAUCGACGCGUCGACCCGGCACGCGGGCCAUUCCUGCGCGUCGUCCUGUGCCAGUGGCACGAGUGCCCGUCCCUACUCCCGCCGCCGCGCCCGCUCCUCUGCCGGCCAAACGAACGGUCCCUGCUCCUCCGCCGGCCCAAGAUGGCUUGCCUGCCUACCUUCAAGCGCCCCCGGCGCCCGCAGCGCGCUCGUCUUCGGGCGUUCCAUCUUACCUCUCACCAACCAGCCAGUCUGCGGUCGCCCCUCCUAUGCCAUCGUACUUGAGUGGCGCGGCUCCGGCGCUCGCCCCGCCUGUGACGCAACUCGGAUCACUCUCACAAGCUACACCGUCUGCUCCUCCCGCUGCUCCGACUCCCGCUGCCCCUGCGCCAUCUAUGCCUGCACGGCCCGCUCCCGUCAGUCGCUUGCCACGGUACCGUGCCCUGUAUGACUUUGAAACGGUUGAGCCAGGCGAAAUGCCCCUGACAAAAGGCGACAUCGUCGAGCUGGAAGACAAGGAGGGCCAUGGAUGGUGGCUCGUCAAAAAGAACGGUGUCGAAGGAUGGUCGCCUGCUGACUACCUGGAACUGGUGCCCGAGGCGACCAAGUCGCGGCCGCCUCCGCCGCCAGCCAAACCACCCGUGAGCGCGAAGCCGGCGACGGCUCCCAAGUCCACCACACAGCCUGUUCCGUCAUGGUCACCUGCUGACGCGCAUGCGGCGCCGAUGGCGGUCAUGCCCGGCAUGGGAGACCCCGGUGGCUUUGCUGCCGUCCUGGCCCGCAAAAAAGCGGAGCGUGCAGCGGCCGAGGCACAACCUCCACCCUAG